AUGAAUAGUUUCUUGGAUCCGUACGACUUGACGUCGGGAACUCCGCCGCAACAGUCAGAGCAGAGUCUUAACGAGGAAGUAUCGCAAGCCAUUGGACAGGUUGGCCGUUUGUGGGGUGCUUUUCGCAAACAGAGCCAGAAUGCUCUCGAGACAGCACGUAAAGAUUUCAGUGGCGUUGUAUCGCAAGCUCAACAAGAACUGAGUCGACUGACCAUGGAGACUCCAAAGUCCCCUGAGCCAACUCAACCAGGCUCUGAUUCUGGCGACGAAUCAACGACUCCACGAACUGGCUCGCCUGCAGUACAAGACCCUUCGACAACUACUACUGCCGGCCUCUUCUCUCGUCUCCAAUCCGCCUUACCUCCCAACAUUGUCGCGACCGUGCAAAGUCAUAUUCCCGAAUCGCUCAAGAAUGCUUCAGAAAACAUCGAUUUCGCCCAGAUGCGCUCAACCCUCACAUCAGAAUUCCAACGUGUGCAAGGUGUUACUCGGGCCCAAGCUGAAGAGUAUGUCCACAAGAGUGAGGCUUUACUGCGUGAUGCGAUGAAGGAGGCUGGAGAGGUAUUACGGGACGCAGUCAAAGUUGUCCCUCCCGAUGCGCAGCAGUCUGGAGUGGGUUCGAAUAGCGUUUCGUGGGACGGAACAGACCUUUGGAUGAUGCCAUUCGAUGGGCCAGAGUCAGGCGGAAAAGGAAGAGAGAGAGCCGCAUCGCAGUCGGCAGCCGACAGUCAACUGGCUGUCGCAACUCGUGCAGAGGCAUUGCUCAAACGUCUUCGCCACGACCCAGAAAUUAUCAAAUUGGAUCCAGAGGCAGAUGCUGGUGUGAAGGAAAUAUAUACGCAAUGGCUCGCCUCGUCCAUGAAGGAUGGUUUGGAGAGCGACGAGUGGACUGCCAAGAUCACGGCUCUCUUGAAUGACUCUCCCGAUGGUCAAGCAUUACAAGCCAACCAAGACUCUUUGGUACCGUCGCUGCUGACUCGUGAAGUGUUUUGGAAGCGCUACUUCUUCCGCGUCCACCAAAUUGAACAAGAAGAAGAGAAGCGCAAGGCUUUGCUACAACGUUCGACUACUGAAAGCGAGGAAGAUUUCAGCUGGGAGGACGAUGACGACGCAACGCCUGGGGCUGCAACAGCCAAGUCUCCAACAGCAGCAUCUGACGCCGCACAUACAGUUAUCUCUGUUCCGUCAUCUGGAGCACCAACACCAGCAACUACCAGUCCACGAGAGAGUAGUGAAGAGAGCUAUGAUGUCGUGUCCUCUGAUGGCGCAGGGAAAGACAAGGCUGACAAGAAGGCUGCAGAGUCCGAUAAUGACAGUGAUUGGGAAUGA